UUACAUCAUAUAGGAGUUUCUUAAAAAUUUAUUUCAUCAGUUAUGUGUUCUUGGGCCUCUUUGAUCUUCCUUUUCAUUUUCUCCUUUCUCACAAGCUUCAAAGCUUCAGCUCAAGAUCCCAUUUACGUAUACCACAUCUGUCCAAACACGACAACUUACACCAGAAACAGCACUUACUCCACCAACCUCAGAACACUUUUGUCCUCCCUCUCUUCCAGCAACUCCUCUUACUCCACCGGAUUCCAAACCGCCAUCUCCGGACAAGGCACCGACAGUGUCACCGGACUUUUCCUUUGCCGAGGAGACGUCUCGCCGGAAGUUUGUCGCAGAUGCGUCGCCUUUGUCGUCAACGACACCUCAACUCGGUGUCCAAACCAGAGAGAGGUCGUGCUCUACUACGAUGUGUGUACGGUAAGAUACUCUAACCGGAAUAUUCUCUCGACGCUAAGCACCGACGGAGGAGUUGUCUUGUGGAACACCCAAAACAUUACAUCUAACCAAAAAGACCAGUUCAGAGACUUGGUCUUGUCGACGAUGAACCAAGCCGCCAAUGAAGCUGCGGACAGUCGUAGAAAGUUCGAUGCGAGAAAAGCUAACUGGACUGCAUCACAGAGUUUAUACGGAUUGGUUCAGUGCACUCCUGAUCUGACAAGACAAGACUGUUUGAGCUGUCUGCAGCAGAGCAUCAAUCAGUUACCCACUGAUAAAAUUGGAGGAAGAUUUAUUAUGCAUAGCUGUGGUUCAAGAUACGAGCUUUACGCAUUUUACAACGAAUCCGCCAUUACAACACCUCCGCUGCCACCACAACCGCCUGUUUCUACUCCUCCGGUCUCAGCUCCUCCGCCAGCUGGGAAAGGUGGGAGUUCAAGUGUACUAGUUGUAGCCAUUGUUGUACCUAUUAUAGUGGUUGUUCUGCUUCUCAUAGCUUGUUAUUGCUUCCUUGCAAAGAGGGCAAAGAAGACUUAUGGUACAGCAUCUGCAUUUGAUGGAGAUGAUAUAACAACCGCAGAAUCACUGCAGCUUGAUUACAGAUCAAUCCAAACUGCUACUAAUGGUUUUUCUGAAAGUAAUAAGAUAGGCCAAGGUGGAUUUGGAGAGGUCUACAAGGGUACAUUAUCGGAUGGCACUGAAGUUGCGGUGAAGAGACUGUCAAAGUCAUCAGGACAAGGUGAUGCGGAGUUUAAGAACGAGGUUAUUCUUGUUGCAAAGCUACAACAUAGAAAUCUUGUUAGACUUCUAGGAUUUUGUCUAGAAGGAGAAGAGAGGGUACUAGUCUACGAGUACGUGCCCAACGAAAGCCUUGAUUACUUCAUAUUUGACCUUGCAAAGCAAACUCAGCUGGACUGGUCUCGGCGGUACAAGAUUAUCGGUGGAAUUGCUCGAGGGAUUCUGUAUCUUCAUCAAGAUUCACGGCUCACGAUAAUACACCGUGACCUUAAAGCAAGUAACGUUCUACUGGAUUCGGACAUGAAUCCUAAAAUUGCUGAUUUCGGAAUGGCUAGGAUCUUUGGAAUGAACCAAACAGAGGAGAAUACAAGCAGGAUAGUGGGAACCUAUGGUUACAUGUCUCCUGAGUAUGCAAUGCAUGGUCAGUACUCAAUGAAAUCAGAUGUUUAUAGCUUCGGAGUGUUAGUUCUUGAGAUUAUAAGCGGCAAGAAGAAUAGCAGCUUCUACCAAACAGAUGGUGCACAUGACUUGGUUUCAUAUGCAUGGAGGCUUUGGAGUAAUGGGACACCACUAGACCUCGUGGAUCCAAUUAUUGUAGAUAAUUGCCAAAGGAAUGAAGUUGUUCGAUGUGUCCAUAUAGGUCUUCUGUGUGUUCAAGAAGAUCCUGUAGAGCGUCCACCAUUCUCAACCAUUGUUCUGAUGCUCAGUAGUAAUACUGUGACAUUACCCGUGCCUAGGCAACCAGGUCUUUUCUUUCAGAGUAGACUCGGAAAAGACCCUCUUGAUUCAGACAAAUUUACAACGACCAAGUCUCUUCUACGGUCUGUUGAUGAUGCCUCGAUCACAGAUGUAUAUCCUCGUUGAAGACAAACGUUUAUAUUCUUGCCUGAUUUCUUAAUCAACUGGUUUUAAAAAUAAGCUGAUUUGUAACUGUUCGUAUUGCUAUUGUAGCCACAAACAUGUAUGAGUUGUAUAUUAUUUACACGUUUCUUCUUG